GAUGACAUCGUCAUCCCUAAAAAGGUUUUCAUCCUGGAGGAGACCGUGGAGACUGUGCAGGAGUCAGAGGAGGUAGCUGCAUGCAAACCCGUGUUAUUUCUAAGCUAUUUUUAUUUCAUGCCACAAUCUGUCUUUCCUGAGGGGAAUUUGGAUAUAAAAUGGACAAUAUACAGUAUAUGCAGUGAUUCUUGAAGAAUAUACUGUAGCUAUAGCCUAAAAGAUGCCUCAUCAUGUUCUUAGUACAACUGACUUAAUUUGUUUUCUACCAACAGGAAAGAAUGGUUAGUACUGCUUGCCAAACUGACCCCUGGGUGCCAGUGUCCUUGUGCUGAGCUGGAGAAGAGGUCCACCGGGACCAUCACUACAGAGCUGGAGGCACAGCUAGUCUGCGCUCAUGCCCAUCUGUGUAUGACCAAGCCCUGCCCCUUUUCACCACAGAUCAUGGAGGAGCUGACUGACAGUAAGAGUGAGAAUGAGAUGAGUCAAGACCAGGUCUCACUGUUUGAGCCUGAGAGAAGCAGCUCAGAAUCACAAUCAUCGCAGUGCGAGCCAGGAGUUUCUAUCGAAGAGUGUGUGCAAGAUGCAAAAUCCAUCAUCUUCGAUAGCAAGCUGAAGGAGCUGUUUAAUGUCUGCCAUGAGCCAGGAUGUGGCGCAAGUGUAAUCAGCUCAUCCCAGUACAGAAGUGGUUUUGCCAUCACCAUGGAGUCCGAGUGUGUUGUGGGCUACAAGAGGAAGUGGUAGUUCCAGACCAGAGUGGGAAAGUUGUUUGCAGGGAAUCCCUCCAAACAACUCCCACACCACAUUUGUGGAAACUUGUCACCUCCUCAGCCUGGUGUCCAUCUCGCGGCAACAGUUCACCAACAUACAGCGCCUCUACAUCAUUUGGCACUUACACCAUCCUGGACUCUGCUUCCCACCUGAUCCUCGCCCAGGAGAGUGUGCAUGUGACCGAGUUGAAGAACAUCUACUGGUUGGAGACAGAAGGAUUAGAGAGAUGCCUGCAACACACUGAGGUAAGCUAUAACCUAUUUUUUGUCUUUGUCAAAUGCAAUUAAUGCUGUUAUGCAAUGUGUAGGCCUACUUUAGGUACCUUUAGUAAUAAUGCCUUUAUUAUUAUCCUUACAGGCCCAUGGAUGCGUAGUUGAAACCCUGGCCACCGACAGGCAUCCAAGUGUGAGGGUGCUCUUGAGGGACUCCUAUUCUCAUAUCUGGCAUGAGUACGACCUGUGGCACAUACAGUAG